GGGUGAACGAGGAGUGGAGGGCGUGGAUGUAGACGGACGAGCGGUCUUGGAGAGGGUUCCAGAAGGAAGGCGAGAAAGGGAGAGCGCAGAGAGGUUGAUGGAAGAAGUGGUGAAGAAGGGUUGGCACUGAUUCAUCUGCUAAUCACGUUGUGUCCAGGGUGGAGUUCAAUUGACUUGGUAUGCGAUCCAUUCCCUCUUCUGCCGUCGUACUCUGGUUCCCUGGCGGCUUUGGUCUUCGAAGCACGCACAUAGAAAGAGAGAAAUUAGAGAGGGGAGAAGACAACAAGCGGACGAAGAGACUUGGCGAAGUAGUGACCUCUCUCUAUAAGAAGGAGAUGGGUCUGCUUGGGGAUCGAUCCGUUGCCCUUCCGCUGCCGUACUAUAUACGCAGCGCUCAGUUGUCUCUUCGCCGCGCCACGUUGGCCAGACACGUGGAGAAUACCGACACUGAAUUCCAUCAUUUGCUGAAGUUUGAGAAGCUGGUGGGGAAGACAAUCCCCUCACACCCGCAAUGUUCCGCCACCAGGAGAGUAGAUGGACAGGAGGAGGCUCGUCCUUCUCCCGCUGUGGAGUCGCUCAAAGAGAAACUGGACGAGGUGCGGUCGCGCAUCGCAGAGUUGGAACAAUCUCGAGGGCGCAACCUUCAGCUCCCGUCGGCCGCCGAUGGCGCGGACUCCUCUUCUCCCUCCUCUUCUCCUUCCUCCUCCUCCUCCUCUCCCUCCUCCUAUGCUAUGCUUCAAGCAGAUGACCGUGAGAACAAACCUUUUCUGUCAAACCGCCUUGCUUUCACUCCGCGGCCUUUAUUCGAGACAAAUUGCUCUGGGAGCAAAGCCUGGCCACCUGCACCCAGAGAGGACACGUCGACGAUCCAGGGGAACGACAACCAUUCAGGGAGGACACCUCCUCCCAACGACCUUCCGAGAACAGCGGUGCCUUCUGCUUCUUAUUCUGCGGCGGGUUGCGAAGAUAAAAGAUCGGAGGCCGUCGACAGCGUGGAGAACCACCACCUCCGCUCUCCUCAUGUGAACAGCCAGUCUGUGCUCCUCGAAGUUGGCCGGACCGGCGAGAGACAACCAAAAACAGAUGCAGCGGAAUAUUAUGGAGGACGAGGAGGGCCGGAAGGAGGAGGAGGAGGAGGAGGAGGAGGAGGAGGAGGAGGAGGAGGAGGCUGGAAGGAGAAAGAACACCAGCAAGAGUUAGCCACUGGGCUCCCGAAGGAAGUGGGCCAGGUCAAAAAGGUGUUGGAGGAACCUGUAAAGAUUGGCGAAAGUCCUCAAACAACAAAUAGGGUACGUUGGCGCAUGCCAGGGAAACGGGGACUGCUCGAUCCGUCGUCGUUUUCCCAAUCGAUUGACGGUCCAACCCUCUCCUCAUUGCUCGUGGAGUCGGAGGAUGAUUUACUGAACUCUCCUCCUCCAGGACUAGCUGGAAAACUGACGAAGAAGCCAAGUGUCACCGGACUGCCGCGGCCUGUGUCAACUGGUGCCCCGAGGCGAGGGACUGAUGACGGUGACGAUGGUGCUGAUGACGUCAUGAAGAGAGCUCCUGCUGCUGCUGCUGCUGCUGCUGCUGCUGCUGACCAUGUCAUUCAUGUGAAUCAUGGACUUGACGAACGACCUUCAAGGGACCUGGGUGCACACCGUCGUUCCAACGAGAUGAACGAGAAGGGAUCGAAGGAUGGGAAGUGCGGUCGCUUUUUUGAGACCGGCUUUCUGACGUCAGGUGUCAGGAGAAUGCAUGGAGAUAUGGGCACGACCAGAGUUAUCGCAGGUACUAUGAAUUGCUCGUCGAGUUCCGUUGCUGACGCGGGCUGCGCCAGCAGUUACCUUCAUGGGGAUGACGGGAAUGACUUACCAAGCACGACGUUCUCGAGAUCACGGUCGGUCUCGAAUGGCGCUCCUCCUCCAAUGAGCAGCAGCAGUUGUAUGAGCUUGUUUGCUGACGGCCGAGAGUCUGCACCUUCGCCAUUGCCAUUGCUGGCUUCUCCUACGUCAAAGUCAGAGCAAGAGGGGGUCCUGGCGGCGCCGUCGAAGUCUAUGGUUGGAUCCUUGGGGUUUGCAACACCGCCGAGGCGCUUCUCGACGAGCGGAGCUGUCAGCGCCAAAGAGACUGAGGCUACACCAUCGUCAUGGCCAGCCUCUCCUGCGUCAGGAAAGCAUGUCUCUCCACGUCCAGCUCACUAUUCAAAUGCCGAUCUCUCGAGGUUAACCACGGGAGCAACGACAGUAGCGGCGACGACGAUGACGAUGACCACGUCUCUCUCGACUAGCGGUGUUGUCGAGGUGAGAGACUCUGCCCCCUUCUCCUCGCUAGCUUCUCCCUCACGUUGUUCUUCUGCAAUGGCAGGUCAAGUUCCCCUGGCAUCGCCGAAGUCACCGGACUGUUCCUCAGAGUUCAAGCCGCCGAAGGGUUACUGCCUCUUGUCGAUGAGGGAUCAGACAAACCUACGGGCAUCAUCUACUACGUGUCCAUCGCUGACCGCUAGGUCGACGGCAGAGGAGGACCAGCAGGCAAUUCUAUUCACGUCGAAGACCGGUGGCUCUCCUGGUCAUCAGAUGAAGAAGAAGACGACGGCAUGGACGUCUGCCGCUGUCAACAACAUAAGGGAGGCUGCCAGCUCAGCAUGGGCAAACUCGGCUGCAGCCUCGAUGACAACAGAGCAAGUUCUCAUUGCGUCGCCUAUGUUGACCGUUCAUGGGUCGCCGAUGUCGACCUGCACUGAGGGUGGUUUAUCGGUCAAAUGCGGCGCCGGAGAGGCGUGCACGCCCGAUCGUUUGAUGAAGAACACGUGUACCCCACAGCGUGUGCACCGUGUCUUCCAACCAUCCCUCCUCUCCUCCGACGGGACAGCUGCUGAAGCUCACGAUAUUGCCGACGACGGUAACAACAAUCAUUGCGCUUUUUCCCGCAGAGCUGAGGGUGAUGGCAAUGGUUAUGAUCGUCUUUGCGGCUGGGCGCCCGCGCAAUCUUCUUGCCUAUCGUCCAUCGCUGGCAGAUAUCCGAGGCUAGUGAAUCGUGAUACAGAGAGCAACGGUGGCGGGUCAACGCUGUCAGAGAAGUGGCAGCGGUUAACCAUAUCAACGAGAAGGAACUAUGAGCUUAAUCACAACCACCAGGAUGACGAUCGUCUAGGGGACUUCGAGGUACCUGGUCAUGACAAUCGUCCAGGGGACUCGGAGGCACAUACUCAUGACAAUCGUCUAGGGAACUCCGUGGUAGCUGGUGGUCAUGAUAAGCUGAGGGAAAGUAUCGUCUGUGGAGAGCCGCAGGUCGUCAUCAAGCUUUUCGGUCAGACGGUGUCAAAGGAGGGGGAGAGGGAGGAGGGAGAGAGGGAGGAGGGGGCCAAGCAGGAGGAGAGCGGUGGUGAGCAGGUAGCGCAGGUGCAGCGAUUGCGAUCGCAUGCGGCCAAUCUUCGUCUCCUGGAGAGGGUCGGUCGCGAUGACCAGAGAGCGAAGAGGACGUCGACGGCGGCUGUGCUGUCAGUGAUCCGAGCUAGGAAGAGCGACGAUGGCGACUGCUCUCACGACGAUGAAGAACACAAGGGUUCAGCGAACGUCGUCGAGGCUCGUGCGACCAAGGGGACAGAGUCGGGCAUGGCAAGGAUUAGAAGAAGAACCCUUCUCUCGAUAGAGAGGGAGGAUACGGGACAUAGCCAGGAUAAUGACGACCAUAGCCAGGAUAAUGACGAGCGUGAGAGUGAUGGUCAUGCUGGUGGCAGUGGUGUUGUUGCGCCUUUGGAUUGUCCGUCUCCUCAAGAUCAUGACCCGGGGUCAUUGCAGGGAAAAUGCCAAGGUCCUUCUCAUCAUCAUCCGCUGGGAAAUGAGGAUGACUAUCUUUUGAGGAAACAAUUCAGGGGGAGAAAACUUUUCCUUCCAAGGCCUCCAUCGUUAUUGUCAACGGCUCUGUGCGACCAACAGGAGGCACGCGGAUGUGGCUCGAAGAAGAAGAAGAAGAAGCUAGAGCUGCUCAGGAAAGAAGGAGAAGAAGCGGGUGCAGAAGAAGAUGAAGAAGGGGCUAAAGACGAAGGAGGAGGAGAAGAAGAAGAAGAAGAAGAAGAAGAAGAAGAAGAAGAAGCGAACUGCAUUGGUCUGCCUUCCGCCCGUGUUGACGGACAUGAAGAGGGAGGUCGAUCGGCGAGCUGCUCCGCAUUUGACUUCUCCAUCUCCUCGUCAUCUUUCGCAAUGGCUGCGGUUCCCUCCGCCGUUGCGACCAGCAGGUGGGCGUGCACUGAGCGGACGAGACAGACUCUGAGACCCUUUUCUUUUGCUGCCGCCGUCACGGUCGCCUCCGCUGCGCCUUCCGUCAACGGGGAGGAACACUCUCUUUUGCCUCCUACAAAGAGAGAAGAAGAUCCACGAGUUCGAAAUCCUGAAGUCAUGGGGAACGUCUCUUGCGAUCAAUCGACACGUUCGGAGGAGUCCUUGCUGACCACUUCCAUGGAUUCAACUACUGCGUCCGAGUUCUCCAUUCGCGACGCGCCUUGGUCGUUGUCCGGGUUAAUCAGCCGGCUCAAUGCCGUUGAAAUGAACAGAAGCUUACGCAAUGGCACGUGGCGGCGGCAACCAUUGGAAGACCGGCGGUAUCUGCAUGAUCAUCCACCCGGCCACAAGUUAGCAGGAAUUGAGAAAGCCGCCGCCACCUUUGACAGCAGCAGCAAAGGGGAAUUGAACGCGCGGCCACCAACAACAUCCGAGGGAAUUGAUCUGCAUGGUCAAGCUUCGGAAUCUGGGGGAAAAGGAAGUUGCCUCGAGCAACGCUGCUCUAGUGGUAUUACCGCAGACAGUACGGAGCGACAGCGAUCGUCCCGUCCACAUUUUGAUUUUGGUACUCUUUCUUCUGCUUCUCGUAACGACGGCUCGUUUGUGGUCGAUAACAAGACGUGCGGUGCUGAGAACCUGCCGCAGACGGACAAUGGAGUGAUAGAGAGAGAAAGAACACGAGGUGGAGGAGAUGAAGGAGAGGAGGUCCGGAUUGAAACGGAAGAGAAUGGAACACGCGAUUGCGCCGACGUUGGAAGGCAGGGGGGCGAACUGGAUGAGAAGAGUCUCGGUCACGCCAGGCUCAAGUUUAAUCGAUUGACGUCAACAAUUGUAAGAAAAGGAGGUGAUAGCAGUAAUACUAGUAAGUCCAGCAGUGAACGUGUCGGCAGCGCGAGCGUCGGCUCGGCGGCGGCGCAUCUCGCGCUUAUGGCGGAUGCGAUGAGGUCGCGGGUCAUUGACGUCGAUCGCGCUGUUCGGCGAUCGGAAGGGGGUAGCUCGCGGGAGAACGGGGACAGCCGCGCGAGCUUGCCGCCGCCACGUGGCACUGAUAUAUUGACUUCGAGGCAGAUAUCAGAUGCGGCCGCUGCGAGGUGGGGCUUCUCAGCAGUCCCACCUAUCAGGAAUAGUGACGCGCAUUCGAACAGGCCAAUUGAUGACCGUGUGGAUGGUCGUGCCAGUCCGUUAAUCGGAAUAGAGGAAGAAGAACAAGAAGUAGCAGUAGUAUUAGAUCAAGGAGGAAGAGGAGAAGAAGAAGGAAAAGAGCGGCAAGACCGGUGUUGGACGUCCAAGUAUCUGGAGAGCAAUCCCUUCCAAGGAUGCGAGAGCAGCAGCAGCAGCAGCAAAAUCAGAGGGCCGCUGAAUUCAGCUUCGUCCUUGAUGGGUCCGGUUACCACCCCCUCUAGUGAUCAUCGUGCGGGCUUCCAGGUGGCAAGCUCAAGCUCUAGUGAGCAGCGAUCGGAAAUCGAGCUCCAGAUUUCUUCCCGAGUUCCGCCCAAGGACGGUGCCUGUUUGGGCGCCGCUAUUGGUAGUGCUAGUGUGCCGUCUUCGGGGGUGGCCGAAAGAAGCCUUCGUGUUUGCACUAAUCUCGCACCGUCAUCGGCGGGCCCAGAUGAGGAGGAUGGAUCUUGCGAAUACCGCAAAGGAAGUGCGGAAUCCGAUGGAGAUGGAGAUGGAGAUGGGGGACGUCGCCAUGGUGAUCUUUCCAUUCCGAAGCGCAGGGGGCGCUCUUCUGCCUUUAGUUCGUCGUCACAAGCCAGAGGAGAAGAGACUGUGGUGGUGGACGUCAAGGGAUCGCGGCGGACGUCAUCCUCGCCGUCCGAUUCGAUGACGACAUUGGAUGACAAAGUGAUGAUGAUCAAGAAGAGAGAAGAAGAAGAGAAAUGGAAGGGUGCCCGCUCGGAUCGCCUCGCGUCCGCCGAUCGUUAUGUGGAAGCCUCUGUGAUGGAGCUGAUUGGAUCUUUGGAGAUCCGAAUAGAGGCGGAAUUUGUAAAGAAGACGGAGUUCAUGUCGGUGGUUGACAUUCUCCAAGAGAAAAGUGAGGUGGCGGUUGGGCGGGCCGCGAAUGAGGCAUCUGUCGAGACGGAAAGAAGGAUGAGACGAGAAUUCGAGUCCCUAGUAGGCGUCAUAGAACCGAUCCUGAAGAUGAAACACCAGUUGUCCGAAAUGGUGGAAGAAUGGGGGACAACGAAGUGCGGUUUCAGGGUUCCUCAGGAGUGGACUACGGUCUUGGAUAGAUGGACGAAUAUGGAGAGUACAUGGGAAAGAUGGACUUCCACUAUGUCUUCUGUUAACGAAUCGAAGAAGAUAGUAGAUGUAUCGUUAGCCAAAGUGGACAGAGAGGUUCAGCAGUUGGCGAAGAUGAAGGAGAUGUGGUGGACUCUGCUGAGGUGGUUGGACGACGUGGUUGAUCCCGCGGCAGUCUGCACAGAGAGCGAUGGUGAGUGGUUGUUGCGUGGCCUGGUGGAUAUGAUCAGUGUCAAACCUGAGGAAAAGACGGGGAAGAGGAGACGGCGAAGGAGGAGGGGAAAGUCCUGGGAACCUGCCUGCCACUCGCAAGAUGCUGUGGAGCAGCACUCGGCGCAGGUUCUUGGCAGCAAAGCAAGAGGAAAAGAUGAGGAGGGUAGGGAGAAGCAGGAGAGUGACAAGGGUGAUGACGAUGAUAACGAGGAGGAGGUGGAGGAGGAGGAGGAGGAGGAGGAGGAGGAGGAGGAGGAGGAGGACAAGGAAAAUGACGAGGAGGAGAAAGCAGGUAUGUUGGUGGAGGCUGUGGCCACCCGCCUGUUAAUGGUGAUAAGACGACUUGGCACUCUGGAAGAACUGCAUGCGGCAUGUAAGCAGUUAACAAGUCGAGUUCAGCAGAUCGAGACGAGCUGGGGAGGGAGAGACUCGUGGGAGAGCAGGAUUCGAGAGCUGGAGGUACUGAAAACCGAUUGGCUAGCCGUCGUGGAGAGUGUGCAGGAGGUGCUGGACAUGAGGAGAGAAUGGAUGGUGGAGAUCGAGCAGCUGAAGACGAUGGAUGUGACGAUGAGGGAGUGGAUGGCCGUCAUGCGGCAAGUUGCCAGCUUGGGCGCGGUAGCGGAGGGAUACACUGCGGUGCCAGAAAAGGGGAAGGAUGUUGAAGGGAGAAUGCAAGAGGGAGAACGAAGGAGGGAGGUGAUGGCGAUGGAUAAUGCCGGUGAGCAAGUAGCUCGUCUUGAGGAGGAAGUGCAACUAGGCGGAAUGAUUGCCGGUGCUUUGUCGACAAGCACGUUCGCUGCAUGUCAGGGUCGUUGGGACAGACAAUGCUGGCCGACUGUGAUCGAGGAGGAGGAGGAGGAGGAGGAGGAGGUAGAGUGCGAUAUCGUGGCCACCUCUGAGGAAUCAAUCAUAAUGAGGAAUAAGAAGCGGCGGCGUGCGCGCAAUGAAGAAAUGGAAGGGGAUUGUAAUGACGACGGAGACAGGCGCGUCAUUAUCAGCCAGAGCAAUGCGAGCAGCAGAACCAGGGAGGUGCUUCCCCCCAUCGCGGACUCGAUGAUUGCUUUGACUGGGGCUGUUGGAUCUUCUUCGCCUACAAUUGGGAGAAAUAUGGAGGAUGGUUGUUGUGGUCCUGUCAGUGGAGGACUUGGAGAUUACGACAAUGGCGACACCAAAAAGUGCGCCAGAUCCGUGGGAGGCGGCGUGGUAAUACAGAGUCCAUGCAGUCCAAAAAUAGCUAGUUUAGGAGGUGACUCCAGUCCACCCGCAGAUUUGACACGCAAGCUAACUUCCGUCAUGGAUCUUCUUCGCCAAGUACAAGAAGAUUCUCGCGUGUGCGGUAAUGAACUCGUCGAGAACGCCAGACAGAUCUCUCUCCUCAAAGAGUUAGUCGACAUCAGUUCAAAUUGCGCACUUGUCGGCAACGGCUUGCCUAUCCUCGAGGAUGUUCAAGAGGGGCUCAAUCAAUGCAGGGCAGACGUUGGCGCUUUGAUGAGAGAGGUAAUGGUAACGAGAGAGGAGAGAGAGAAGCGAAGAGAGGAGGUGGAGAGAGAGCACACAGCCCUGCUGACACGCUGGGAGGAGUUGUGCACGGAGGCGGCGGCAUCCCUGCGCAGGGAGAUGGAGAAGGAAUGGAAGCAGAGAUCGAAGGCGCUGGAGAGAGAGCUUGCGCUCAUGAUGGAGGAGCGGAGGAGUGCGGAGGUCCUCGAGCGUGAGAAAAACUUGUCCUUGAUGGCAGAGUGUCAAGAGCGGGCGAUGGCAGAGAUGUCUCAAGUAGGCAGAGAGGUGGAGCUGACCUGGCAAAUGAAGAUGCAGUACCUAGAGGGACAUAUCUCUGCCGUCGUGGACAAGCAAAUGGAGGAGGCAAACUCCAGUCUCCGUGCCCGUGUCCAGUCCUUUCAAAACGCCAUGGAUACUGCGGAAAACGCUGUCAAAGAGAGAGUGAAGAAGGCCGUAGACAUUGACGCGAAGAACGUAAUCGAGGAGCUGGUUGUCGGGCUGAAAGAGAGAUUGAUGAGGGAUGUCGAGCAAGAGUUGAGGGCCAAAGUUCAGGAGUACGUUGCCCAAGAGAUUAGCGAAAGCAGUACCGCGAUCGAGGGUAAACCAGUCCGGUUGCUUUCGAGGCGCGGGCUCAUGAAGAAGCUGGGUCGUACUAAGUCUUGUUCUCCAGUGGGAACGGUCAGCACGUCGACGAAUGCCGCUUCCAACAAGAAGAUGCCAUAUGGCGAGGAGGAGGAGGAAGCGGAGGAAGAGGAGGGCGGAGAGAUAGACAGAAGGCAAAGACGAGGCCACCAGAAGAAGAACAGGGCCUCCAAUCCACGCGUAGCAGUGGAGAAGGACGAGGAGGAGGAGGAGGAGGAGGGAGUUAAGCAACGCCAAGGAGGCGGAAAUGUGAGCUCCGACACAGAAACCAUGGCGGCUUCAUGGCGUGCUGGAGUACAAGAGAGUGGGAGUGAGUUUUGCGGAGGAAGGAACUGUCGACGAGGCAUGUGGAGGAUCGCUAGAGUCAGAGAUUCGGCGGCAAGAAUGACAGAGAGAACAUCACUGAGAGUGGGAUUUGACUUGGUGGGGUCAAAGCACCAGAAGCAGCAGCAGUUGCAGCAAGCUGAAAUGGGGGAGGCAGAUGAGGCCAUGUGCCGAGGCCUGAAGCACCGGCAAGCUGGAGAACGUGGAGAGCAUGAACCUGUAUCCCGACUCCGAGCUCGCAAACCUCUCGACGAGGCGCUGAAAGAGCAAGAAUUACGAGAGGAAGACGUGACAAGCUUGUUCAUGGGGUCCGAGAGAACGCUCAACGUCUUCAGGGAAAACACGAGUCAAAGCUGCCACCGGGAGCACAAUGAGCCACUGGAGGGCAACAUCAGGAGGACGACGAAAGCCGAGGGUAGCAGCAGCGCCGGCAACAGUAUUUGCAUCAGUGCUCGGGAGCCCGAUAUUGAGUUGAUUCGAACCAUGGAGGAGGUUAGACAGAAGAUCGAACGCUUGGAAAAACAGGUGGAAGAGCUAUCAGGGUUGGUGAGAAGGGAAAAUACCCGGUAUGAAAGUGCUUCUCAAGCCCCCCAACCAAGGGAACUAGUUGAAAAAAAAGAAGACAUAAAAAGCGAGGAGAGGACAGUGAGCAGGAAGAUGCAUAGUUCUGAAACGAUUCACGGUCUCGCGGCCGAAGCUGCAGCUCCCGAUGGCCAUGGCUCUGAAGGAGACAGCCAUGGUCGUCUAGUUCCCCCUCUGAAUGACGUCUUCGUCAAAGGGAGAGUCACGAAGGAAGACGAUCGGAAGAGCUGCGCUCGAGCCUCUAGUAUCCCGGAGGAGGGGGAGGAAUCGCCGUCUGUUUGUGUUAUGGAGGCCGCAGUGACAGCAGCGACAACGACGGAAAAGCGUGGUCCUUGGAUCGGGAUCUUAGUUGGGUCUCUAUCUACUGGAAUUCGUUCAUUGCGUCGCAGGAUGGCAGAGAUAGGACCGGAGAUGCGGAGGCUGGAGAUGCUUGAGCGAGUGCUCAGGAGCAAGAUCGUGCUUGAAGACGAAGGCGUGGUGAUGGAAAAGACUGGCGAGGAGGAGGAGGUAGUGGACAGAAAGGGCGGGGCGAUCUGUAGCCGUCGUUUUUCUCAAGGACGUGAUGAUGUUGCCAAGGAGUGGGAAAAAUGGGGACCGUCUGUUGUUGGGGGCCCGAGGAGACGGGAAGGGCAAAUGAUGGCUGAGUCACACAUGUCACAAAAUGAUGAUUUAAUAGUAGGAUGGUGGGAUGAAUUGAAGGGAUGGAGAGAGGCCAUGAAGCGAGAGCUGGUGAGGGUGAAGGAGGUUGCCCGCUGCGCUCAGGCGGAGAGAGUCAAGGCGGCGGCUUCGGCGCUCGAGGCCGGCGCCAUGACAUUGAAGACGCGGGCGAUGUGUUUUGCGGGUUGGGGAAAAGGAGGAACGGUCUGGGAGGGGACACAGUGCGCAGGAUGCAGCGGCGGUAGUGAAAGUGCUAAGAUGUGGACUAGUUUCAACGCCUUGAGCAGGAGAAUGGACAGGGUCGAGGCCCUCACUAUGGCGAUGCAAGCAUCUGUCAGCAUCAGCGAUAAAGAGGAGGAGGACGGCCGAGGGGAGAGUGAGGAGGAUAAGCAGAUUGAACCAGGGCGGGCAGAGAAGGGGGGUUGUAAUGUGGAGAGGGCUGUGAAAGAGGCGGGAGAUAGGUUGGUCUCUCUUGUUGGCAGGAUCGAGGCGGGUUUUCUUCUCCCAUGGGCAAGCCCGACUUCUGUGCAGGGUGCGAAAGGCGCCAGAGUUUCGAGAGGAGACAGGGAGGAGGAAAUGCCAGAAACGUCGUCCUCGGAACUGCCGAGCGAGGACAAACUCAUGCCAGAUAAAAAAGAAUUCGGUUAUAAUUUUCCAUGUGAUGGACCGGGAAGAGGAGGUACUUGUGAUAUUUCAGCUAGAGAGCAGCCCAGCUGGCGUCAGGACAUAUCUGACCACGAGAAAUGGACGAAAGCGGCUCUCGAGAAGGUCGCAUCCGAUUUUGGUAUGGCAGUAGCCGCUUUGCGACAGAAGACUGCAGAAGAGAUGACGGAAACGCGGUCCAGGGUCUUCGCCUCGGACGCAAAGAUCAAACGGCUGGGAGAAACGUUUGAGAGGCUGAGCGACACGUGGCGUGAUGUGAAGGUCUUGGAGCAGGAACUAAGGACGCGCAUGACGGAUUUGGAGGCGAAUAUCAACCUUCCGAAGAGGACUGACGAGUCUGCUGCGAGGAGUGAGGAGGCCUGCACACUUGGCGGACGGGGAGACGGAGACAGAUGGGACGCCGCUCUCUCUCGUGAGGAUGGCUUUAACAGACUGCGGAUCGAAGAACGGCUAGCAAGGACACUGAAGAGCGUUGAAGCGAGGGUCCGAGCUUUGGAGUCCAGCGGAGUAAUUGCAUUGUUGACUGGCAAGGGGGAAAAGAAGGGGGGAAGGAAUAGCAGUAGCAGGGGGGGGGGAAGCGGGUGUGCAAGGUGGGGGGAUGCUGAGGAGAAUAUCGAUGGACAGACACUACUCGAGAAAACGGCUGACGCUGCGAAAGCGAGGACAGAGGAUCAAUUUGCGGUGGUGGAGAAGAGGAUUUCAGAAGUUCUGGGAAUAGAGGAAAAUACGUAUAAAGAUAAACGAGAGCCGGAGGAACGGGAAGAGGAGGAAGGGGACAAGGGGGAACAAAGGGUUCUGAACUCCCGGGAAACCAACCAGCUCCGCUCAGACAAGCACCGGAGAAGUGCUGCUGCCUCUUUCCUGGCAACCGAGAGAAGACUGGAAAAUCUGGAGAAGAGAUUCGAUAGGGUCACUGCGGAACAGGUUGCGAAUAAGUCUGCCCAGACGACCUUGACGGAGAGAGUCGAUGACGUCAACAGAACUCUGGAAGUUGUAGCAAAAGCAGCCAAGGACACAGUCAACAAGGGAGUGUCUGCUAUUGAAGGACGUUUACUUGUAAUCGAAUGGCGGGUUGAACAAGUUGUUGAAUCAUCUGCAAACCACAUGAGCGUCAUCGAAGUGAAGAUGCAUGGUUUUCAAGGUAGCUUGGACGAGGUGCGAUCUGCAUCACUUAUGACGGAUGCCAAAUGCGAGGCGUUAAGAACUGAAGUUGUCCGCAUUGCCAGAGAAUUGGCACAAAUAGGGAAGCGAAGUGCUGCCAUCUGCUCAAACGAUGUUUCUCGCCGAAAAGGAUAACUGAUCUAGAGAACUGCCAGCUGUCCUGCUGAUUCAGCAGACUUGGAAUCAGGAGCUGAACAAUGCUCUUGAUGAAGGAAGGGCCCGGGGGCAAAGCGUACAGAGUGUCUGCAGGCAGGGCGGGGGGGGUGAAGCUCUUGUUGAGGUUCCCAUUCAGUGCCAGAUGCAGGUUUACACAAUGAACCCGGAUCGAGCUC